CGCCGGAUGCUGCCUGGGCUGUUUUGGCUGCUUUUCUUCGCCGGCGAUGAAGGCUCUGCCUUGAAGAUGGAGAUGAUCUGUUUUUUAUUCCUGUCUCUGGUGCCGGUGUACAGCAGGGGACAAGGGGUUUACGCUCCUGCUCAGGCCCAAAUCAUCCAUGCCGGGCAGGCGUGCGUGGUGAAGGAAGACAACAUCAGUGAACGCGUUUACACAAUUCGGGAGGGGGACACGCUGGUCCUGCAGUGUCUGGUCACAGGACACCCCCGGCCACAGGUGAGAUGGACCAAAACUGCUGGCAGCGCGUCGGACAAAUUCCAAGAGACGUCAGUGCUUAACGAGACCCUUCGGAUUGAGAAGAUCCAAAGGCUGCAGGGGGGCCGCUAUUACUGUAAAGCAGAAAAUGGGGUUGGGGUCCCUGCCAUCAAGUCCAUUCGAGUAGAUGUGCAGUAUCUAGAUGAACCUGUUCUCACCGUUCACCAGACCAUCAGUGAUGUACGUGGCAGCUUUUACCAGGAGAAGACUGUCUUCCUCCGCUGCACUGUCAACUCCAACCCACCAGCUCGCUUCAUCUGGAAACGGGGAGCUGAGACACUUUCCCACAGUCAGGACAAUGGUGUGGACAUCUAUGAACCCCUCUACACACAGGGUGAAACCAAAGUCCUGAAGCUGAAGAACCUGCGGCCCCAGGAUUACGCCAGCUACACGUGCCAGGUGUCCGUCCGCAAUGUCUGCAGCAUCCCUGACAAAUCCAUCACCUUCCAGCUCACAAAUACCACAGCCCCGCCUGCUCUGAAGCUGUCUGUCAAUGAGACACUGGUGGUCAACCCUGGUGACAACAUCACUAUGCAGUGCUCUCUGACGGGUGGUGAUCCACAGCCAGAGGUGGUUUGGUCUCACUCUCCUGGCCCAAUGCCUCCCAAUAGCCUUGUGCAAGGAGGCAACCUCACCAUCUGGAGGAUCCGCGUGGAGGACUCAGGCUACUACAACUGCACAGCCAUCAACAACGUGGGGAACCCAGCAAAGAAGACAGUGAACCUGCUGGUGCGGUCCAUGAAGAAUGCCACGUUUCAAAUCACCCCUGAUGUGAUCAAAGAGAGUGAGACCAUCCAGUUAGGGCAGGACUUGAAGCUCUCAUGCCAUGUAGAUGCUGUCCCCCAGGAGAAGGUUGUCUAUUCCUGGUACAAGAAUGGGAAACCAGCCAGGUUCUCAGACCGGUUGCUCAUCACCCGGAAUGACCCCGAGCUUCCACCUGUGACCUGCAGCUUGGAGAUUAUUGACCUGAGAUUCAGUGACUAUGGCACCUACCUGUGCGUGGCUACCUUCCAGGGAGCACCCAUUCCUGACCUCAGUGUGGAGGUGAACAUCUCCUCAGAGACAGUGCCACCAACCAUCAGUGUCCCUAAGGGUCAGUCCACCAUCACUGUCCGGGAGGGCUCCAGGGCUGAGCUGCUGUGUGAGGUUCGAGGGAAGCCCAAGCCACCCAUCAUCUGGUCCCGGGUAGAUAAGGAAACCCCCAUGCCUUCAGGAAUGAUGACAAUGGAGACAUAUGAUGGGAAGCUGCGCCUGGAGAGUGUGAGCCGAGAAAUGAGCGGGACCUAUAAGUGUCAGACAGCCAGGUACAAUGGCUUUAACAUCAGACCCCGAGAAGCCUUGGUGCAGCUCAACGUGCAGUUCCCCCCUGUGGUGGAGCCAGCCUUCCUGGACGUGCGCCAGGGCAUGGGGCGCAGCGUCACCCUGCGCUGCACCAUGCUGAAGGGCAGCCCUAUGAAGGUGGCCACCUCCGUCUGGCGCCUCAAUGGAACGCUCCUGGCACAGCCCCUGGCAGAGCAGCAGGACUACUCGGAGCUGAAGGUGGACACCGUCAGCCGGGAGACCAGCGGUAGCUACGAGUGCAGCAUUUCCAACGACGUGGGGGUCUCCACCUGCCUCUUCCAAGUGUCUGCAAAAGCUUACAGCCCAGAGUUUUACUAUGACACUCCGAACCCCACCUUGAGCCAGAAGCAAUCCAAGAAUUACUCUUACAUCUUGCAGUGGACGCAGAAGGAACCCAAUGCUGUGGAUCCCAUCCUCAAGUACCGUUUGGAAGUCCGUCAGCUGACUCAGAGAAACACCAUCCAAACCUUCAUUCCUGUGCAGAAAAUGGAGAAAGGCCUGUUGCUGGAGCACAUCUUGCCCAACCUGAAAGUGCCUCAGAGCUAUGAAGUUCGCCUGACACCCAUCACCAGCUUUGGGGCUGGGGAUAUGGCUGCUCGCAUCAUCCGGUACAUGGAACCAAUCAACAAUCCCAACCCAACAGAUAACACCUGUCGCUUUGAGGACGAGAAGAUCUGCGGCUUCGUGCAAGAUAAGAUGGACAACUUCGACUGGACCCGGCAGAACGCCCUGACCCAGAACCCAAAGCGCACCGUCAACACGGGGCCACCCACGGACAUCAGCGGUACGCCGGAGGGUUAUUACAUGUUCAUCGAGGCAUCCCGGCCCCGGGUGACGGGAGACAAAGCCCGGCUCAUCAGCCCCCUCUACAACAUCACUGCCAAGUAUUACUGUGUCUCCUUCUACUACCACAUGUAUGGGAAGCACAUCGGCUCCUUGAACCUGCUGGUUCGUGUGCGGAACAAGCGAGCCAUUGACACGCAGGUCUGGUCGCUCAGUGGGAACCGGGGAAACAUGUGGCAGCAAGCACACGUGCCCAUCAACCCGCCCGGACCCUUCCAGAUCAUCUUCGAAGGUGUCCGGGGCACGAGCUAUGAAGGGGACAUUGCCAUCGAUGACGUCACUCUGAAAAAGGGGGAUUGUCCGAGGAAGCCACUGGGACCAAAUAAGGCGGUUGCUCUUCCAGGAAGUGGUGUCCCGGCCCUGCACAGCCCUCGUCUCUGUGGCCCAUUGACUUUCUUCCUUUACGUGCUGCUCAGAUGAUGGCAAGCGAGGACUCCUGUCUUCGGACCGAGACAUUCCUGCUUCUUCUUACUCAGCCACCUCUGCUCCUCUUCCUCCCCUCCUCACUGGCACACCAAAGUGUCCAUAUGUUACCAAAGACUGACAGGCAUGACCACGCAAAGGGAUCUGGUUCAGAACUGGAGCACUCCUUGAGAAAGUCAUAAUGUCUAGAACAUAAAUUAAAAAUAAAGACAAAUUUUUUUUAAAAGCACGUGCACGAGAGAGUGAGAGAGGAAGGAAGGAAGGAAGGAAGGAGGGAAGGAAGGAAGGAAACAGAAACACACAAAAAAGGAGGAAUGCAAGACAAAAAAUAGGAAUGAAGAAAUGUGAAGAGCAAAUGAAAGAGGAGAAAACCACCCCCAUGUUUCCUUGGGAAUGUCGGACAGGGCUUCCUCAGGGAAGUGGGAACUUGUUUUAAACAAAGAAACAAAAAUAUAUUAAAGCACAAAUUUCUACCAGAACAGUUACCUUCUUUACUGCAGAGCCUACAGCUUAGUGGAUGAUUUACCGCAGUACUCCCCUGUCUCCCCAUGCUUUCCCGCUGGCUGGGUCUGCCCCGCUCUGGCUGCAGCUCCCCGCAGUAACACCGGCCUCGACCGUGGGGCAGCAGCCACCCCAUGCGCCAGUGGCCGGAGCACCAUGCCUCGCACCGCAUGUGCUUCAAUGUCUCCAUCCAUCCGCACCUUCCAGGUUCUCAUGUAUUUAAUUGCCCGCUGUGUGUUUUGCUUUGGCCUUUCCCCACCGCUCUGUGCUUCUCACCCACCAGCCUGAAGAAGAUGGAGCAGGAAUGGACCCAUCACAUGGACCACGCUGAGUGGUGGAGAAGUCCCGGCUGGAUCCAGCUGCAGCGUUGGCCUCUGAGCGCCUCUUUCUCUCUCUCAGCACUCUUGCUGGGUGGAGAAACUAUGAGAGUAGGUCUGAGCUGCAGACAGAAAAGCGUCUCUGUGGGGCUGAGGGAUGGGGCAGGGUCGGAUGGGAUGGGAUGGGAAGGGGGGAGCACUUGCACAUUGGCUUCCCCCUAUGAAUGCUGGGAUGACAGUCACCUCAACCCUAAGCCCAGGAUUGCUUCUCUGCCUCUCUUCUGUUACCUAUUUAUUUUACUCUUUUAUUCCAUUGCUUAAUUUCCCCUACUUCAAGCUUUUUCGAUUAUGGAAGAGUCAGGAAUUUCACCCUUCUUCAGCCAAGCAGUAGGUCCCGUGCCCAUGACCAGCCCUGGGCCAGCACUUCAGGCAGCUCCAAUGUUGUACUCUCACCUUCUGAGGCCUUUCAGCAUGUGAAGUGCAUUAGCAGGAGAGUGGGUGAAGUGCAGCAACAGCAUCACUGCUCAGGGGAGAGGUGGCUGAACUUUGGCAGCCUCGCAGGCACUCAGCUUCCAUUGCCAAAGCAGUGGGCAGGGGAGCUGAAAGGUGGAACACGCAAGAAAGUGCUUCAAGAAGGAUGGAGGCACAAAGCUUGACCCAAAAGAGGGACUGGUGCUGAACUGUGGCCCUGUUUGCCACUGAAGAACAGGGGAACAAACAGGUAUGGGGGAAAUUCACCUUUUUCCUGCUGGCAUGAUGAAUUUCCUGCAGCAGGUCUGGCCUGACCUCCUCAGUGUGGAGACACAUGCUGAUCCAGAUGAGCCCCCAGAAGAUCGGUCUGCCCUGCGCCAACCAAGUGGGAGCUGUGAUUGCCUUGUUACAACUGGCAGCAGCUCUGGGCCUGACUUACCUUCCUGCACAGGGCAGAGUCAGCCCCACAGGACUGUGGAGUGGGGUUUACUAGCCCACAUUCUGGCAGCUCAGUUAAGUGGGAUUCUUCCCCCUAAGGGACACCCCAUCUGAACUCCAUAUCUAGGGCACCACAGAUGUAUGAUGAGUUCUCUCACCAGACUCCACAGUACCCACAGCUCCUUCCCCAUUUCUGAUCAAUAUAUCAGCUUCUCUAAGACAAUUGUGUUUGUCUACAAUCACCUGAAUGUAUUAGUUGCCUCCUGCAUUGCUCAGCUUCCAGCAACAGCUGGUACCUCUUUUCCUCCAAUGAUGGAGAAUGCUUUUAUUUAACUCCCAAGAGAUCCAGUUUGAAGUCUUGAAACCCAGCUCUCUCUAGCUCCUGCAAGGCCAUUCAUCUGCACUAAUGCUGGUCAUUACUGGAGAGGACAUCAGCUCUGAGGGACCAGGGGACCUCAUCAGAAUGUGAGAGGGGAUGGUAUGGGUCUCCCUUGUUCCUGUUGCUUUUCUCCACUUCUAAAAAUGGGGACUCUGUCUUUUCUGUCUCCACUCCUCCCUCUAGAGCCCAAGCCUUGACCACACGACAUAUUUGACCAGGAGACCUGUGGCUGUCUCUCAGGGUCGGGCAGUAUUGUGGGAUGCUGUGGAUGCUGACAGCAAUUCUGCUUCUCGCUGUCUGUUGCCAUUUUCCUGGGCAUCCAAUGCCACCAUCAUCUUUUAGCUAAGCUCUUUCACUCUGAUGCUCUUCAUUUCCUCCAUGCUUGUUGGAGGCCAGAAGUCCUCACCCCACUCCUGAUAAGAGCCCGCUUUCAUUCCUAGGAGAGAGACAACAUUUUCCAGGGGCCCUUGAAUGCAUGAUGAUGGCUCCUGAUCUCAGCAGCAGAACAUCUGUGUUACACUGCUGGUUCCUUGUGGCUUCUCCUGGGCAGAAGUUGAAGACAGGAGCAUUUCCACUUCAGUAAGAGAUAGCCCAGGGCAACUAUCUCACCUCCUAGGCUCUGAGCCAGAGAGAGUUGUGGCCUUGCUUCCACGGGUUACUUAGCCAAGGGUUGCACAAAUGUGUUUUGCUGAUGCUUUGUGGCCAGUAGAGGUGCCAUGGAUUUGGAGAAGUGCAGCCUAAAGGAUCAGAAGCACAGACAAAGCCUUUACGAGGAGGCAAGUGCCAGUGAAGGAGCACCACAUUUUUAGAAAGGGACACCUUCAGGGGGAGUGUCUGUGUCUUGCUGCCAGCUCCUGCGAGGGAGGAUGUCAGUGCCUCACCAAGACAACCUAUGGCACAGGGGGCAAGAAGCCUGUUGGUGACAGUGAGACCAGGGCAGAGCAAAUGUAUUGCCCCAGCCAGAGGUGAAGCCUUCUCUUGAUCUCAGGCAUGGGCCCAUCAGCUUCAGUAAAAGUCUCAGGGAGCCCCUUUCCACUUAGACCUCUGCUCCUUUACCUCCGGCUAGAAAGCAGCUGGUGGUGAGUUUGGGGGAAAGUCAUUAACCCAAGUGCCUCAGCUUGUCAGAAGUACCAAGGAUGGAAGGAAGGACCUCAUUUCCCUGGCAGAUGCGCUGAGAGAGUGUAGCAGAGGAAAGAGGCACUUCAGCAGCAACAAUGAGAAGCUGUGCAAUGGUGGAGGGGCGGGGGGGAGGCAAGUCCCCCUCCUCUCCGAGGGCAAUGGUUGAGGGGGCCCCAUGCUUGAGGGGGCAAUUCUCCUUGCAGUGGUAAUGCAUCCCAGGUGAGAUAUAAAGCCAUGCUCCUUACCCCUUGCAAUUAAACAUCCCCUCACUCUUUUCACAGUGUUCUCACUAAAUUACAGUCCUUAAACUUAAUUACAGACUGUCUUCUUAAAUAUCUGUUCCAGUCCCAACUGGAUACAUUAUGUUUCUCUUCCCGAUGUUUUAUUUUGCUCUAUGCCUAUCGAGUAGCUGCUUUAUUCCACUCCAGAAGUGGCUGCAUUUCAGCGAUGGUGGAGAUUAUUCCUGUACAUAGUAUGAAAGUCCUUGCAGAAGAAAAGUGCAAUAUAAAUUUAAGAGACUGCUUUUAUUUACAAGGAGACCUCUGCUUGGUAGUUGUAGAAAUACAUUAUGAAGAAUGCUAUGUGGGUGUUAGCCAAUAUAUACUCAAUUUCUUUUUUUUUCAGGGUAUAAAACAGAGAAUAUGUGAAUGUACAGGCUCCUGGGUAUAAGUUGUAGAUAUUAGAAGUAGUGAAUGCUACUGUGUACUUACAAGUGAGGCUUACAAAGAAACUUCCAUUUGAAACCUCUUUUUGUAGUUCAUUGUAUUCUGAAAAAUAUACUUUUUUAUUAUAAUUUUCCACAGUUCCGUGCAAGUCCCAAUAACCGGUCAUCAGCAGGACUUUAAUCCAUGGCUUUUAACAAUAUGAACAUCAGUUCCUACCACUUGCUCUGAAAAGCAACUCCUGGCUGGUAACAGUAAUAGACUAUUUUUCUUCCACGUAGAUCAGCCACUGGAAAACAGUGGAGCUAAUAUGUUUUAUUUGACGUGGAAUUAAGUAAUUUGGAAUGCCUGAGCGCAACUCUUCUCAGCCAUAUGGGAGUGAAAAAAAUGCUUCAUCUAUAUGAAAAACUUUGCGUAGUGCACAAACAGUUUGGAAACUCCUGAAGUGUUGUGACUGGCACGCAUGCAGAGCUGCCCCAGCAGAGCCGGGCAGUGUGCUGCCUGAAGAGCAGCUCUAGCAACAGCGCUGUGGAGCCCUCCUUCUGGGAAGUAGUUUUAUUCUGGAAGGAAAUAGGGCGGCAAGCAGGGAAAAGUAGGGAGGGGGUUCAGAUGUUUAGGCUGGUAAAUUUCUUGCAAGAAUCAUUUAUGAAUGUAUGAAUGAGUGUAGUAAAUGUGAUACAAAUUGUAUUCUAUUCCCUAAUGCCACUCAAAGUAAGGAAAUUUAAUUUCUUUCUAUAUGAAAUCCUGUGGGUGCACUACUCCAGAACGACACGGAAAUGCUGCAGUACCAAAGGGAGAGUGGGUCUGGAUUCUUCCUCUUCAGCCCAUCCCGGUCACUCUGUAACCAGGAAAAGCACCCUGCUUUUGGGUUGGUGUCCUGCACUUCCCAGCAUGAGACGGACAGUCACCAGGAGCAGCUAGCGGCACUGGUGGCAGAAGCAUCCAUCCUCCAUCCCACCAUCACUGCCCUGAGCCCCGUCUCCAGCAUGAAGUGGUCCCUGUGUGAGACACUGGUGGGAGCAACCCCUGCUCCCCCAGCUCUCAGCGAGGCUGAGGCUGGGAGUUUUACCUGUGGGAAUAGCCAGAGGGUCCUUCAUGCUGCCCUGAGGGACCCCAGCUGCCUCGGGCAGUGACAGAUAAUGGAACUAAGGCAUUUUCCUUCCUAGAUAGGGUCAAUGGUGUCAUCUCACCCCAUUCAAAGAGACAAACUUUUGCCUGCAAGCAGAGAGCUCAGGGAGUUGUUCCUUCAGGGUGUUGCUGUUUCAGUCCCCUUAGUCUGUCACAGCCAUGCAGAUAUCCAUCUUUCCCUGGAAGUUCUGCAGCACCCCUUUGUCUCCUGGGUGCCUUUGGAUGGCCCAGCAACAGCAUCGCUGCUGGCUCUGAGCUUUAAGCUGGGUGCAUUGGGACCCUGCUUUUUUUGAUGGGGACAAGAAGUUGCAUUAUGAGUGUCUCCUGUACAAAACGGAGGUCCUCUCACACUCCUGGCUUUGGCAGAGACCAGUUUUGCACCCUCGCCCUUUCUCCACUGAACUACCCCGGGUGUCUUGACUUUUCCAGGCUGCCCUCAAAGCAGGUGCACCCCUAUUUGCAGGGGCACCAAGCAUACAGCAGCAGGACCCUGUGCAGGCUGCAGAGGAAGCCAGGUGUUGGCUGCCAUUUGUAUUCACUUUGGCCCUACUGUUAACCGCUCAUCCCGCUCAGCCUGGGUAAGGUGUUUAAUGCAGACAAAAGGCAUUUGCAGAAAAAAAGUGCUGGAAAGCUCUGCAAAGUGCAUUUUAACAGGACUCAAUUUGCACUCCAUGGUAAUAACUGGCGGCUGGGGGUUUCCAGCAGGUAGCUGAAUAACCCAGGUGCACUCAGCAUCCCAAAUGAUAGUUGGGGUAAAUAUGUGUUUUUCAGUACUUCCUUUGGGAGUAAAACGCAUGCUAGUUUGGCUCACCUUCUGCCACCACCUAGAGGGAUUCAGGGGUCUUCUGAUGGCUACUUACAGCCUGGUACAGUCACAUCAACCCAGAGACAGCCACUUGUGCACUGGAAGCAUCCCAAGGGGUACUGAAAGACAGCCCAGGGCCACCUUCACUCCACUCACUUUUCCAGAGAAGGUGGGAAUGCAGCUUGCAGGGAGCUGUGGGCACCUGCACACCUCUUGCCCACAGCAGAACAGUGUCACCCUGCUCUGUUUUAGCUGAGUGAGGUAUGUGCCUGACAUCUAGAACCUGGGUUGGAUAUAAGGUACAUACUUGGUUGUUUUGCCACCAAGCAUCCUUCCUCAAAAGGAGAGCUCCAGGGACUGACAUCAGGUUUGCAGGGCUCACUGUGUCCCUGUGCUGUGGGGCUGCAGGGAAUGGGGGCUUCAGUCCCACUGAUAGCUGCCUCUGGCACCUGUAAGGCUCCGCACCACACAGAUGUGGUCUGGCACCUCCUCCAUCCUGCUCUCUGCAGCCCUGGAACAGCCUGAGAUGCUGGUGGUGAUGGAGCAGGAAGACAGGAGCACUUCAGGGCAUAUGCUGGCUCCAUCAGGGACCUAGUGUGGGUCACAUCCUGGCUUCCUCAGAGGCAAAAGAGGUCUCACAACAGCCCCGUGGGUGGCUGAGGGGAUGGGGCAGGGCAUAUUCAUGUUGUUCUUGAAAAGGAGAGAGGAAAGCCAAGCUCCACACUGCAUGGCCCUUCAUUUCACUGGUGGCAAACAGAGGGUUCUGGCCUGCAGCUACUCACAUGCCAGGUGAUGAACACUAAAGAAAAGCCCUUAGACCAGAUUUCCUAUCUAGACCCGUGCCAGCUCCAGAUCCUCAGCGCAUCUGUGUGUGAAGAAGCCAAGCAAUCUGCUCUGCCCCCAUGGGUCAUGCCUCGAGGAAUAUGCAUGCUGGGUCCCAGCACAUGAGCACUGCCUUUCCUUCUGCUGCCUGUCAUGGUGAGGGUUUUCCAGCACGGGGCAGAAAAUGAGGGAAGGGGAGAGAUGCUGUCUUUGCUGGCAGCUGUUGCAAAGAGAGAGAUGGGUUAACAGAGGUUUUUGUGGAAAGCUGUGAAGGUCUGUGGUAAAUUCAGGUGUUGCAUGGAUUUGACACGGCCUAUAAACCAUUUACUCCAGUGGAAGGAGGCAAAAUUUUGUGCAUCCAUUAACUGUUGUCCUAAAGGAGGUUUGGCUAUGAAUGCUUGGCUUACAGUGGGAUUUUUCACCCCCAGGGUAGCCUCAACCCAGCAUCAUACAGGGACAGCUGGACAGCCCUCAUGCAGUGCUGGUGCGCAAAGCUCACAGCACUGGCUGUGCUUUAUGAUAUGACUGCCAGGUCCUUGCCUGAAGUGUGAGCCAAGUGAUGGGUACCUGGCUGCACAUCCAUACAUCCUGUCUACCAGCCAGGUCUGUAGGAAGAUGAAAAACCUGCUGCUGCUGCUGCUGCUGCUGCUGCUAGCCAGUGGAUGUCUACUGGGGGAGCUGUGCUAUGGUCUGUCCAUUCAGGCAGCGAAGUGGCUUUCAGUCACUUAAAACCCAGCUGUUAUAAUGGAGAGUUACUCCUAGUUGUUCAAAACUUGUGUAACUAUGGUGUACCUCAAAUCUUCAGCAAAGGCAGGCCCUGGGUGGGAGCUGGAACAUGCCAGACAUUAGCAGUCCUGCUCAGCCACUGUGACUCCUUUGCCCUCAGCAUUACAGCUGCUCAGGGCCCAGGCUGAGCCCAAACCAGCUAAGUGCGAGUGCAGCCCCACUUCCCUGGCUGCAUUGCAGCCCCUGUGGGCAGGCACCAACUGGUUUUCUUCUUGUGACUGUGGUACAUACUGCAGCGCUGAGAUGAAGCUGUCACCAGGCGUUGCUUGCACUGUGUAGGUCCAGCGCUGGUGAGGUGUUUAUCUGAGCAGCAUGUAAAGGGAUCAGGGCUGAAAAAAUUAGGUGUGGGUGUGCUGCAGCUGCCAGGAAUGCAGCAGGGAGGAGACAGGACCAGAAGGCCUCUUUUGGAGGCAGCAGCAUCUCCAUCCAGUCCCCUCCUUUCCCUUCUCCCAAUUUCCACACUCCUACCCUGACCACCCUCCCAGGUGGGGGCAUUUGGUGUAUCUUGUCUCACUGUGCCCUGUUCUCAAGAACCAGCUAUCGGUAUUAAUAAGCAGAGCAGCACCCAGGAGAGGCCACAGCAGCAUGGUCAGCUCAAACAGCACCUAAAUUGUGGUGAGAGGAGAAAAUCGAUUUUGUUCUUUGAAAUGCCACAAGCAUUGCCUGGGGGCAGUAUUGAGGUUUUUUGUAUAGGUGGCAGCACAUACUGCACAGAAGCUGAGCAGCAAGGGACUUGUGAGCACUGGAGGUUUCCCUGGGAAAAUUCAGAUGCCAACGGGGGAAAGUAUUUACAGACUGGGAGAAAAGAGCUUUCCUGUGCAUUUUUUUUUCCCCAGAGGCCCUGGCAUGUAGCAUCCUGGGACAAGAAGACUCUCUCAAAAGUUGCUGAAGAUGACCUUUUCCUCUCAUCAAACCUUGCUAUUUAUCUGUCUCUGCUGCCUUUCCACAGCUUCUUAGUGCAUUGAUGUAACUGGUGGCAUCAGUGCCAGGUAAAGUGUCUUAGUGUCAGUGCUUUCAAAUAGGUGAGCUUGGCUUGUUUUCCCAGUUCUUGGGACCUUCUAGGUAUACUGUUCCACCCCAGAGGACUCCACAGCAUGCAUUCAUCUCUCAGGACAUUCCCCAAAAGCUGUGGAUGCUACAGAUAUGUGGCUCUACUUUGUGGUUUUGGUUGCAGCCCUUGUCUGACAGCACAGAGACAAUCUCUAAUCUCUAGGUGGGAUGGAAAAUUUGGUGCCACCAUGGUUUUGCUUGGGUCUUUUUUCCCAGCCAGAACCAUCCUGCCUGUAUGACGAUGCACAUAGUGAAGGAAAGCUGCUGUCACCCAAUAUAUGACUGUCUCAUGGGGAAGCAAUUGUGGCACCUCCUGCCUUUGGCCAGAAGUGUCAGACAGUGUUUCCCACACUCUUCCUCACUCCAUCCCCCGGUUCCAUCCUUAUCUUCAAGUGUUUCAUUUUCAGCCUGGAGAGAUCAGCAGCAGAUUUCAUCCCUGGAUCCCACAGAAGGGGAUCACACCAAAACCCCGUCCUCAGCUUGCAAAGGGCAGGGAGAACCAGCUCAGGCCCAACGGUGAGCCACUUCAAUGGGAUCCAGUGCCAGUGGGACCACGCCACUCUCAUGCUUCCAGGUCACCAAGGCCAGUAGAAAAUACAUGUUGACCUGACAGAAGUGUUUAGAAAAACCCUUCCAAAAGGAGCUACAUAUCAAGUCUGUGUAUUUGGGGAUACCAUGGAGGAUGAUGGAGGUCCUCUGGUGUCUCUUAUUUCUUUUCCUAUCAGAAUUCUGGGUGGGGACCCUGGGACUGAGCCCCAUUCUCCGCUGGCCUCCUUCAUUGCCACUGCAUCUUGUCCUGUCCCCACUCCACAUCUCAUAGGGUGCCAUCACUGUCAUCAAGCAGAGCUGGGACCCUCUCGCCGCCAUCAUACCAAGCUGUCCACAAUGUUAAAAGCACAAAACACAAAGGGACUGAAAACCUUUUAAACAGGGUGAGAUGUUUUAUAAGCAUCACCUCAUCCAUCCCCUCCCAACCCUGAUGCCCCGCCAUGUAACCUAUAGACUCUCAACGUGGAUUGUUUAAUUCAAAUAAAGCUGCAGUACUCGA